AUGGCUUUGAAUAAUUCUUUACUGGGCCCCUGGGAGGGGUUUGCUUCUGACUGGGAUGAAGGAAUGGAGAAUGAAGGGAAUGACUACUUCCGCUUCCUUGAACUUCCUAUUCUAGAAAAGCUAGUUGAACGACCAGAAGGAUUCCGUGCGUUAGACCUUGCAACUGGUAAUGGCUUAGUGGCUCGCUGGUUAGCAAAGGAAGCUGCUUCUGUUACUGCCACCGACGGUGCUCUUUCGAUGCUGGACCGUGCAAGGGCGCGAACAGACAGCUCUAUAUACGGGGGAAGGAUACACUACCGCUGCCUUGAUGUCACAGACCAAGCAUCCUGGGAUAGCUUCAUCGCAGACAACACGGACCUAAAUGGCGGUUUCGACGUCAUUACCAUGAAUAUGGCUCUGAUGGACAUCCAGGAUCUGGGGCCGCUGUCAAGGUCUCUGAAACUACUGCUCAAGCCAAAUGGCUGUUUUGUUGCUACUCUGCUUCAUCCACUGUUCUUCACAUCUGGGGCAACCCGCCAGAUAAUGGUCCACGAAGACCCAGAGACAGGCCAGCGAGUAGUCAACCGCUCUAUUGUCAUGACCAAAUACUUGAACGUCCCUCCAGCCAGGCAGUUGGUUUUCAAAGAGGGGCUUGAGUCGCCGUACAUGUUCCAUCGACCUUUAAACCAGCUCUUCGCUCCAUUCUUCCAAGCAGGCCUCACCAUGGAUGCGCUUGAGGAGACCAAUUUCGAUGAAAGCUUCUGCGAUCCUUUACGUGAACACUCGUCGAAGAACUUUACUGAGUUCCCGAAGAUACUUGGCUUUAGAAUGAGGCUUCCAUCAAAUCUUUGA